ACCGCCCCAGGUGGCUCGCAUGACCCCCCCUUUACUAACCUUAUACCAAUCUCUCCUACCGAGCCAGAAAACCGCUUCCCUCGAUUUGUUGCACACUUCCACCACGACACCGGCUCCAGUCUUCCAUCCCUCUCGCGCAACAACCCUUAUCUCUCCGGCGCCUCAGCCACAUCCCCAUAGUAGCCUGGACUUGAGGCCAUCACGACCCACUACUCGUCAGACACAUUGGUGAUGUUGCGAGCCACUAUGAAUGAUCCUCUUGACUCUGAGAAUGAAUACGUUAUCUACUUCAAUCUGACUCUGUUCCAAGAGAAUAAAUCUGAUCAGAAGCGCUCACGAGAUCCAGCCGAAUGUGUCCUGUGUUCUUAUCAACACGGACACGUCCGAGUUCUUCGGCAUCUAACCUUCAUCCACCAUAAAUCAUUUCCGUCUAAUAUUAGGCUUUAUCUCCUAGAGUACGAUAACGCCUGCAAGGAACAUUCUACCGAUCGACAGAAAGCCCUACACGGGUAUUCAACUGCAGACGUAACAGGAGAGCAUUGUGAUGUCAUCCCCGCGCUUAGGCCACCAAAGAAAGUUUGUUUCUGUUCAUCGAGUCAAUCCCAAUGCCUAGGCGAGAUCCUACUAUGGAAGGAGUCUGCACAGCAGGUCUUACAGCGAACGGACAAUUAUGUGUUCGAGGGUCAAAAAGCAAAACGAAAUGAGCCCAGCCCGGCUCGAUCAGGCAACCUUACGAUCUGGAGUCGUACGCGCUACCAAUUGCGCCAUAGGCCCAUUUGUUGAUAUUUAACUUGGGUUUGAUGUUCCGUGUUCCUAUAUGUGAGAUACGCUCACCAGAAUCCCGAUCUAAAAUUUGCGAGAACGCGACGAAAACUAUAGCAUUGUGGUCGGUGA